AUACAAAACAUUGUUUAGAUGUUUUCAUUGAAUCUAAUGUCAAGUCAAUCAAUACGAAAUUUGAGUUUUAACAAGUGUUAAUAUUUUAUUUGUAAACGAGAAAUUAUAUUACAUUUAAAGUGACUGCAGUAAAUCUUGUCUAUCCGGGUUACUUGUUGGAACAAAGGAUUUGCUCUGCAUUGUAAGCUAUUACUCUGAAAAACUAAAAAUGUCUUCGGACGAUUCAGAUGAUGAACCGCUAUCAGUAAUAGCGGCGAAUAAGAAAUUGAAUCCUGAUCUCGACAUAAUACCAUCAGACGGUUCAGCGCGUCCAUCAAAGAAGAGAAAGAAGACAGUACCGCCGAAGCGUCUUUCUAUAACUAUAAAGUUUAAUAAAACUGGACCUCAGCAACCAGUGAUAGAACGGCCUUCCGACGUGUGGCUGUAUUUGAAGGAUCUUAAUCCAUCAGGACCAUACAACUGCCUGCUCUGCUCUGAAUGGUUUAUUAACAGAUCAAAAAUGAUUAUGCACUACGUCUUAAACCACAAGAAAGAUUUCUGUGGUAUUUGCAGGUAUUUUGUAGCUGACAGAGAGGCUUGGUGGAAUCAUGUGAAGUUCCACACACCCUGGCCUUGUUCCCAAUGUGUUGAGAACUUUGAAACUGAAGUUGGCUUACGCAACCACCUUAGAAGUGUUCACAACCUGGUACACUGCAGACUCUGUCAUUUUCGCGUGCUUAAUGGUGAUCCAUACAACACUCAUUUAUUCCAAAAGCACAAUGUCAGUAAUGUUUCAAAUAAAGAUGAGGAUACUCUAUGGGAACUGGAAUACGAUGGUACUUCCAAUUUCAUUUGUUUGUUAUGCUCUAAGACAAAUAACUCUGUAAGAACAUUCUUUAACCAUUACAUGGGCUAUCACCACUUUACUCUCAAAUGUUUUACUGCCCUGCUAGCUGGCAGAGACGCCCCAUUCUCAGUGUGUGGGGCUGACUUAAGGUCUGAGUUUGUUGCGGAGCAAUUGAAGAACCAUACAAGGUAUGGGUAUGUUGACUCUGACUUCAAACCACCUGAAAUGGGCGGAGAAUCAUGUGAUACAAAAGACUUGCUUAAAGUUCUUAUACCUGAAAUUAAGCAGGAAAUGUUUACUGCUGAUGAGAAUAAGAAUGAUGAGGCUGCAGGGCCACAGGCAAGGGAUGAUGACGAUGAUGAUGUUUAUAAGACUUACAAUGGUGAUGAUGACUUUGAUGUCACUCUCACAGAAAUUCUAGUCAUUCAUAAGUGUUACAAGGACUACAUAGGUGACAUAUUAUGUGAUAUAAACUCCAACUGUGUUUAUGAAUACUCUGAUAUAGAUUAUGGGAAGGCUAUAAUGGAUCCCACAGUCAACAUAGAUUGCGGUUUAUGUAAAACUCACUACAGUAGCUUAUCAAGUUUUUUAACUCACAUGUUCAAAAUGCACUGUGUCAAAUCUGCCCCAUUGUUUUCAUGCAGAGUGUGUGCGACUACAUUUGAUACACAGGGUGAGCUCGAAAGCCAUGUUUCUGAUGAGUUGGGGGACUUUGAGGAUCUCUUUAUCUGUCAGUUUUGUGAUGAAGAGUUUCCCGACAGAGAGGCAACCAGACGACACCUGACUGAUCAUUGGGAUUUGAUAGAAUAUGACAAUUGUUUUAGUCCACACUUAGGUUUCAAAUGCAGCUUCUGUCCAACACUGUUUUGGCAUGAAACUGAUAGAGAAACUCAUCAGGUUCGAGCACAUUUCUUUAACCACAAAGAGCAUUUCUUCAAAUGUGAAACCUGUAAAGAAAUAUUCAGUGAUAAGGUCUGGUUCAUCCACCACUACUUAGUAACCCACAGUAUUGCGGGGAAGAUUCCUCUCUACCUCCUCAAGUGCUCCCUCUGCUGCCUGGUCCUGCCUGAUAUAGAGAAGAUGAGAGAACACUUUAACUGUGAGCAUCCUGAAGCCAGGAAAGUCUACUGUUCCUUGGAUGCCUGUAAAUACAAGCCUCUAAGUCACAGAAAGUCUUUUAAGCUGCAUGUUCGGACCAUCCACACGGCGAAGCCCCGUCCGGAGCGCGCGGUGGAGUGCCAGGUGUGCGGGCGCGAGUUCAGCAGCGCGCGCGCCUGCGGGGCCCACAUGGCGCAGGCGCACGGGCCCGGCAAGUUCAAGUGCAAGCUCUGCAGGGAGGUGCUGCAUACUCUCGACGAGAGGAAGCUACACUACCUGAUCAGCCACCCGGGCCAGCACCCGUUCGAGUGCAACGAGUGCGGCAAAUCCUUCCAGUACAAGUCGUCGCUGUACAUGCACAAACAGGACCACCUGCCCAACAAGCAGAACUACACCUGUACUUACUGCGGGAAAAUAUUUAUGAAGCGCGACUCGUUCCGCGAGCACGUGCAGAUCCACGAGGGCCCGCGCCACGCGUGCUCGUACUGCCCGAUGCGCUUCAUACUCCUCAUGAUACGCCCCGCCCCACAGAAGCGCGACUCGUUCCGCGAGCACGUGCAGAUCCACGAGGGCCCGCGCCACGCGUGCUCGUACUGCCCGAUGCGCUUCAUACUCCUCAUGAUACGCCCCGCCCCACAGAAGCGCGACUCGUUCCGCGAGCACGUGCAGAUCCACGAGGGCCCGCGCCACGCGUGCUCGUACUGCCCGAUGCGCUUCAUACUCCUCAUGAUACGCCCCGCCCCACAGAAGCGCGACUCGUUCCGCGAGCACGUGCAGAUCCACGAGGGCCCGCGCCACGCGUGCUCGUACUGCCCGAUGCGCUUCAUACUCCUCAUGAUACGCCCCGCCCCACAGAAGCGCGACUCGUUCCGCGAGCACGUGCAGAUCCACGAGGGCCCGCGCCACGCGUGCUCGUACUGCCCGAUGCGCUUCAUACUCCUCAUGAUACGCCCCGCCCCACAGAAGCGCGACUCGUUCCGCGAGCACGUGCAGAUCCACGAGGGCCCGCGCCACGCGUGCUCGUACUGCCCGAUGCGCUUCAUACUCCUCAUGAUACGCCCCGCCCCACAGAAGCGCGACUCGUUCCGCGAGCACGUGCAGAUCCACGAGGGCCCGCGCCACGCGUGCUCGUACUGCCCGAUGCGCUUCAUACUCCUCAUGAUACGCCCCGCCCCACAGAAGCGCGACUCGUUCCGCGAGCACGUGCAGAUCCACGAGGGCCCGCGCCACGCGUGCUCGUACUGCCCGAUGCGCUUCAUACUCCUCAUGAUACGCCCCGCCCCACAGAAGCGCGACUCGUUCCGCGAGCACGUGCAGAUCCACGAGGGCCCGCGCCACGCGUGCUCGUACUGCCCGAUGCGCUUCAUACUCCUCAUGAUACGCCCCGCCCCACAGAAGCGCGACUCGUUCCGCGAGCACGUGCAGAUCCACGAGGGCCCGCGCCACGCGUGCUCGUACUGCCCGAUGCGCUUCAUACUCCUCAUGAUACGCCCCGCCCCACAGAAGCGCGACUCGUUCCGCGAGCACGUGCAGAUCCACGAGGGCCCGCGCCACGCGUGCUCGUACUGCCCGAUGCGCUUCAUACUCCUCAUGAUACGCCCCGCCCCACAGAAGCGCGACUCGUUCCGCGAGCACGUGCAGAUCCACGAGGGCCCGCGCCACGCGUGCUCGUACUGCCCGAUGCGCUUCAUACUCCUCAUGAUACGCCCCGCCCCACAGAAGCGCGACUCGUUCCGCGAGCACGUGCAGAUCCACGAGGGCCCGCGCCACGCGUGCUCGUACUGCCCGAUGCGCUUCAUACUCCUCAUGAUACGCCCCGCCCCACAGAAGCGCGACUCGUUCCGCGAGCACGUGCAGAUCCACGAGGGCCCGCGCCACGCGUGCUCGUACUGCCCGAUGCGCUUCAUACUCCUCAUGAUACGCCCCGCCCCACAGAAGCGCGACUCGUUCCGCGAGCACGUGCAGAUCCACGAGGGCCCGCGCCACGCGUGCUCGUACUGCCCGAUGCGCUUCAUACUCCUCAUGAUACGCCCCGCCCCACAGAAGCGCGACUCGUUCCGCGAGCACGUGCAGAUCCACGAGGGCCCGCGCCACGCGUGCUCGUACUGCCCGAUGCGCUUCAUACUCCUCAUGAUACGCCCCGCCCCACAGAAGCGCGACUCGUUCCGCGAGCACGUGCAGAUCCACGAGGGCCCGCGCCACGCGUGCUCGUACUGCCCGAUGCGCUUCAUACUCCUCAUGAUACGCCCCGCCCCACAGAAGCGCGACUCGUUCCGCGAGCACGUGCAGAUCCACGAGGGCCCGCGCCACGCGUGCUCGUACUGCCCGAUGCGCUUCAUACUCCUCAUGAUACGCCCCGCCCCACAGAAGCGCGACUCGUUCCGCGAGCACGUGCAGAUCCACGAGGGCCCGCGCCACGCGUGCUCGUACUGCCCGAUGCGCUUCAUACUCCUCAUGAUACGCCCCGCCCCACAGAAGCGCGACUCGUUCCGCGAGCACGUGCAGAUCCACGAGGGCCCGCGCCACGCGUGCUCGUACUGCCCGAUGCGCUUCAUACUCCUCAUGAUACGCCCCGCCCCACAGAAGCGCGACUCGUUCCGCGAGCACGUGCAGAUCCACGAGGGCCCGCGCCACGCGUGCUCGUACUGCCCGAUGCGCUUCAUACUCCUCAUGAUACGCCCCGCCCCACAGAAGCGCGACUCGUUCCGCGAGCACGUGCAGAUCCACGAGGGCCCGCGCCACGCGUGCUCGUACUGCCCGAUGCGCUUCAUACUCCUCAUGAUACGCCCCGCCCCACAGAAGCGCGACUCGUUCCGCGAGCACGUGCAGAUCCACGAGGGCCCGCGCCACGCGUGCUCGUACUGCCCGAUGCGCUUCGUGCAGCGCUCCAACAUGCUGCGCCACGAGCGCCGCCACACGGGCGAGCGGCCCUACGCCUGCCCGCACUGCCCCAGGAGCUUCGCCGACAAGGGCGCCUGCACUUCGCAUACUAGGACCCAUUCCAAAGACACAUCUUACGCGUGCAUGUAUUGCGGCAAGACAUUCGUACAGAAGUCUAAAUUGACGUACCACAUCAGGAAACAUACAGGAGAGAAUCUGGAGACUUGCGGCGUAUGUUCGAAACUGUUUACAAGCGCUUGCUCGUUACGAGAACACAUGAAGAUACACCAACGUAAAAAGGAACUUGUUAAGUGCCCUCUAUGUGAUCGUAAGUACGCGGACGAGCGCUACAUGCUCCGCCACCUCCGUACGACGCACACGCACGAGCGCUUCCCCUGCCCCAUCUGCAAGAAGCUGCUCACCAGCGCCUCGGGGCUCAGGCAUCACGUCAUCACGCAUAGCACGCUUAAAACGCUCAGGUGUAAAAUGUGUCCAAAAGAAUACUCAGUCAAAAGGACGAUGAUUAAACACUUCCGUCGUCGACAUGGCUUCAAGGGCACAGAGCCAAACAUCAAAGAAUACUUUACCAGACUGGACCCCAGAGACUGUAACCUGGAUCUCGACGAAGAAACUAUGACCACAAUCUUCGGACCAGCGAAGAACAGAUCAGAAGAAAUACUAGUAGGAGACUUCGUUACACUUACAAAUAUAGAAGAAAAUAAGGAAUUAGAAGUGGAAGUCGAAGUAGAAAGAAAUGAAACUCUAGAAGAAGAAAAGUCACAAACAGAUGAUGAGAAAUCUACAGAGAGUGAGCCUGUCAUGGCAAACGAUGACGGGAAGAUUGUUAUUAAAGUUGAACCAGCGGAACCGCCGCCCGAACCAGCAGAGUUAGAACCGACUGACUUCGUUAGCGUUAAGAUUGAGUCCAUGGAUGAGGAGAACUAGCAUCCGUUUUAAACACUGGCUAAUUGUAGUCACUAGGUGUUGUUAGAGAUGAGUGAGACAAUUAAAUAGGAACUAGAGGCCUACCGCCAUAUCUUAAGGUAAGAAUGUUGCAGUUGUGGAACAAAGACAAUAAAGAUAGUAAUGAGUACUAAUGAGCCAUCGCACUUCCACAUCAGUAACUGUACUUUAAGAAGUAGCGGCAAGCCUUCUCACAGUAUCGUGAAAGAAGGUGAAGCGAAGAGAGGCGUGUAUCAUUGGCAUGACUCUCUCAUGCUUUUUCAUCCGUCAUGAGCUGCUUCUAGUCUUACCGCGUUAAGGUGUCAUGUCAUGUUUGGACCUGCUUGCAGUCUUAUUGAAUACCAGCAUUUUGUAGCACCGGCCUACGUAAAAUGGACCACAGUUUGGCAUCACUUACAAACCUUGUGAUUACAGUUAUUCAGUGUUUUAUGUUAAUAAGUCAACAAUUGUUAAGUAAAUGAUAUGAUAAAGUCCUAACUGUGCUGUGUGAAUCAUAAUAAUGCUAUCCUUUUUUUGGAUUCGUUAAAUGUAUCUGCACAACUAGGCACUAAUGUUUGAAUACUUUGAAAGCUUAUUUCAGGUUCAAAGACUCCAUCAAUGGGAGAGUCACUGUUUUCUUGUUUGCUAUAGAUUAUAUAUAUUGCAAUAUGUAUAAAGCUGUUUUAAUUAGAGUAUAUACUUAACAUAAGGUUUUAUAUCUUAAAGUAAUAUUUAACUGGUUGUUUUACAAUCUGUUAUUUCUAGUGCAAUUAUAUGUUACAAAGGAUAAUAGUUAGGCAAAGUUCUAAAGUUAAUUUAGAGCAAUUUUUACUUUAUAUUAAGAUUGAAAUGUAAAGUUUUUAUAAAACCACAAGAUAAUGUUUUGUCUAACAUCCACAACAUAGUUCAAAAUGUUUUAUAAUAUUAUUUGUAAAUACUUUCUUCCUUGUUACCUUUGAAAUAUUCAAAAACAUUCCAUAUUCCACAUCAAAAAUAAACAAAAUUGCAUUGUUGAAAUCUGGUAUUUUUAUUGUUACAAAUAUACUAAAAUCACACAUUGAAGUUAUAGUAAAAUAUAUCUAGCUGAAACAAGUAAUCUCAGUAAUACUUCAGUUGAAUAAGUUAAUUGUAGUAAAUUCCUAUUAGAUACAUCUAAAUAUUAUAUAGGCUAAUGUUCUUACUAUUUUAAGACUAAGUUGUUUGUCUAAGUAAACAAGUAUUCUUGAUUUA